AUGAUGAUGACUAAACCAAUGGAAAUAUGGCAGCCUACAAUUCUCAUCGCCAUCGGAGCCCUCACUAUCUUUGCUGUGAAUAGAGGGCGAAAGCGCGAUGAACGUAGUCGUAUUGAGACGGCAGAGGAAAUGCAAUCACGUCGAGCAGCUGAGAAAGCAGCACAGGAUAUGUUAUCGCACGCACGAGGUGUAAAGGGAGCUCAGGGUAAGAUAGUACUACGCGGACCGGCUGUUGUUACUCGAGGAAGAACUCCACUACGGCUGCAUUAUUUCCCCACGAGAAAUCGCGCAGAAGUGGCGAGACUACUCCUUGAGAUAGGCCACGAGCCGUAUGAAGCCGUUUGCUACUUCUAUCAGACCUUCUUGAAUAGCCGUUCGCAAUUCCCCUUCGGUGACUUACCUGUAUUGGAGCUGGCUGAUGGCACAAUGAUCGUACAGCAACAUACGAUUGUUCGCUAUGUUGCUGAUAUCACCAAAAUGAACGGCGGUAGAAACAGAGUGAAGCAGGCUAAAGUGGAUAUGGUAGGGAAAUAG